CCGACAAGAGUCCUUAAAUAGGUGUUCCAUGUUCGUACAAAAUCGUUUUUCAAACUCAAAAUGUCAAUAAUCAAGAAUAAUGUCAGUACUGGAAGCUCAUUGUGGCAACCCCAGCAUGGCAUUGCUUCCACGAAUGAGCUGCAAGGAUGGAGAACAGUUGCAUCAAGGCUUGCUUUUGAUAGUCAAUUGAGAAAGAUGGAGGAAAAUCAAUGCGCAAAUGAAGAUGGUUGCUACAGGAAAUCUCUAUUCAGUACUGACAUAUCUGUGAGAAAUCCGGCAGCUAAAAUGAAACAAUACCCUUUUGAUAGACAGCAGGAACAGCUUGGUAAUUCCAAGUGGUACAGCUACAAGACACUUCCCCCAGCUGAACUGCUGCCAAGAAAUGAAGUCAUGGGAGGUUACAUCUUCGUGUGCAACAACGAGACUAUGCAAGAGGACCUCCGGCGCCAGCUCUUCGGGCUUCCGCACAAGUACAGGGACUCUGUCAGGGCCAUAACACCAGGCUUGCCCCUUUUCCUUUAUAACUACACAUGCCAUCAGCUGCAUGGAGUGUUCCAGGCUGUGAGUUUCGGCGGGUCAAACAUAGAACCAACUGCUUGGGAAGACAAGAAGUGUAAAGGGGAAUCAAGAUUUCCAGCUCAGGUUAGAAUUGGAUUCAAGAAGAAAUGCAAGCCAUUGGAAGAGGAUGCUUUCAGACCAAUUUUAUACCACUACGAUGGCCCCAAGUUCCGAUUACAACUCUCUGUGCCAGAGGCGCUUGCAUUGCUAGACUUGUUCAAUCAGAAGGAGCUUUAACAUGCUUCCUUGAAUAUCAAGAUUCAAGCAAGCCAGUUCAUAUCAAUUGUUUGGAUAACUGCUGCCCCAGCUGGAUUUAUGUCAAUGUUAUUCAAGAAAUUUCGACUAAUUUGUAAUUUCGAAGACACAUUUUAUUUUGUAACCACAAAAAGUCUUCCAUUUCAUGCAAAUACACGAUGAUCAUGAAAAAUUGGCAUUUUUUU